AACCCAUAUAUUAGUACUUUUCAAGCCAAAAUCUAUCUUCGGAAAAUGCCGAACGUACCGCAAGACGUAAUCGCCGACAUUACAGUACGGCAUCCGGUAAAGUCUCUGGUGCGUUUCAAGUGCGUGUCCAACACAUGGCGUUCCAUGAUCGACGACCCGGAUUUCGUUAAGCUCCGUCUCGAACACUCCCUCAAUACCGGCUCUAAUCACUGCCUCAUGCUCAAAUACAAUAAUCUCUACACGGUCGAUUUCGACUCUCUUAAUGCCGCUACGGUAAUGGACCAUCACCCUUUGUAUUGGCCUGAUUCGCCGACAGAGGCACUUGGUUGCUGCAAUGGGUUGGUUUUGUUGCGUAACACGGAGCAAGACCUGGCUCUGUAUAACUUCUCUACUAGGAUGUACCAUCGGUUGCCUGUUGAGCCAAUCGCCAUGUACGAGCGCGAGUCGUGUCAUCCUCGGUAUGUUUAUUACGGGUUUGGUUAUGAUUUUGUGAACGAUGAUUAUAAAGUUGUGAGAGUGGUUUUGGAUAUAUCGCGGGAUCCUGAAGAAGAGCCUGAGGUUGGGGUUUACAGUUUGAAGAGUGAUUCAUGGAGAAGGCUGAAGACCCUCCCUGGUGGUAUUCGCUGCUGGUUUAGCACGUUUUAUUAUAUGUUUUCUGGCGAAUCCAAUUUGAAUCCUUGUCGUAAUGUGUUCGUUGGUAAUGCUCUUCAUUGGGUGCCGCCACCGGACCCUGAAAUUGGUAGGCCAAAAUUGAUCAUUGCUUUUGGUCUUGGGAGUGACGAGUUCCACAUGGUUCCGCAACCAGAUUAUGAAUAUAAGAUUUGUGUGAUGGAAUUGAGUAUAUUGGGAGGUUGCUUAUGUGCCUUGUGCAAUGACUUGGCAUCAUUCGUUGAUGUGUGGCUUAUGAAGGAAUAUGGAGUGAAGGAGUCCUGGAGUUGGUUGUUUAGGGUAGAACAACCUGGAGUUCAUUUAUUGAAGGCUUUAGCUUAUUCGAAGAAGAACAAUGAGGUUCUCUUCUUGAAGGAUGACCGGCAGGUUGUAUGGUAUGAUCCGAAAAGGAAAAGGACCAGGAGGGUGAGGAUUCCUGGCGCGCCAGCAUUGUUUUGCGCAGAGUUGUGUAUUGGAAGCCUUGUUCCAUUGAGCAACAGCGGUGGGAAGGAGAAGCUGGAGCAGGAGAAAAAUAAAAAACAAGAGGAGAAGAAGAAAAGGAAAAAGAAGGAUGAUUUUCUAUCACAAGGGUUCAAAUUGGUUUUAUGAUAAGUAUAAGUGGAAGUGAACGGAGGAGGUAAGCUAUCGAUCACUGCGUUAGCAAAUUGGUACUCUGAUUCGACAAGUUAAUGUAAUUUGAUAUAUUGUUGGUAGAGUUUUACAAGAAAAAUCCUUAAGUUCUAUCAAACUAAUUUGCUCUUUUAUAUGAAACAUCGUUUUCCAAUUAUUAUAAUUAUGGUUGCUACCACUUCAGCACUAUUAUGGUGUUGUUUCAAUUAUUUUAACUAUAAAUUGUCUUUUGUACAAUACUUUGCUACAAGAUAAACUUGGUUAAUUGAGCCCAUGGAUUGCAGGAAGACAAGGUUAGAAAAAUGCUUGUCAAGGAAGCAUAAGUAGGUUAGGUUUUGCUUGACAAGAGGUAUGAUAUUUUCCUAUUAGAUAUGUAGUGCAGAAGGAAUUUCUUAUACGAUUUUUCCGAGAUAGAAUUAGUUACUCGACUUUAAAUUUUGAAGGCACUAUAGGUCCAAAAACAUGCCAUGUACAUAGGACUACGUUUUUGUUUGUUCCCUGACUUUCUGAAAUAUGGUUUUUGUUAAACUCCUUCUAGUUGAGCAUUAAAUCUGUGUCUUAACCUAUGGUCCCAUUAGCAAAUUUAAAUUGUAGAUUUAUGUCUUAAUAAGCUAGGCGUACUUUGUAUGAUUUUAGCAUGGGGUGCUUUAGGUGUCAGCCACCUCUUUGUUUUGAAAAGAAAAAACUCAAUGUUUUCCCUUUGGAGCGUAGAAGGAUGCAUCUUGAAUUCUGUAGCAACUAUGCAGCAAACUUUUGUGUACAAAGGCAUCCAUUGUGGACUUACCUUUAGUUUUGUGUGUUUCCAAAAUUAGUGGAUUUUUGUUUGUAACAAAUAAUACUAAGAUAAUUUUAUUAUUUGGAGGUGCUAAUCAAAACUUGGAGCAUUUGUUAGUUUAUACACAGGAUUGCAGUUAUAUUUUAUAGAAGAAAAUAAAUCUGUCUUUGUGCCGCUUGUAGUAUUCCUUUACUAGGUUGGUUUUCAAUUUCUAAAAUCCUAUGGGUUGGACGAGAGUCCACAUCUCUAUACUUGGUGUUUUCUUCCCCAAAAGAUCUGAAUUUGACAACCUCUUAAAAUGCAACUUGCGAUUUCUCUGUCACGUUCUUAGCAUGACAAAUUUAUGGUGAUGGAAUGGCCAUUUACAUUUGAUAGGCCAAAUGAGUAAGCUGGGAGAUCCAAUCAGGGGGAGGAUGUCGAUGGUAUUUUAUCACAUUACGUAUCCUUCAUCUUUCCAUUGAUUACUUGAUUGUUAAAAAACUGAAUGACUUGUGCAGGUUUGAUGGCGAGUUGGCUGUAGAAACAGGAUUUCAAUAUUUGCCCCCUAACCAUUUAUUUUGUGCCUCAUUGCUGCUCUGGCUCACAUGUGAACCCAUGAGAAGAGAACAAAAAAGGCAGAGAGCAAACAUCAGGUUCCUUGGUUGCAGUGGAAUUUAGGAUGUCAUGUCUUGUACAUACAUACAAAAAGGACUAGUGUUGGUAGCUUUGUUUUAUGGAUUUCACCUUUAGCGUUGCUAGAUGUUAAGUCUGGAAUUUGUUGUUGUGGAAUCCACUUUUGCUAUGUACAGUUUUGUUUAUGUAUCAUGAACGAGCAGCAGCUAUGGGCUUUACUGAAGCUUUAGUUUUCUUUCAGUUGCAGAUUCUGGUAGGUUUUGGAGCAACUUCUGUUCUGGGAAAGUGUCAAAAAUGAUUUUGUGGAUCGCUCUUUAUUCUUCGGUUUCUUUGUCGUGCUGAUGCACAACACGCUCGAAGCGAAUACUCCGAUGGUGAUCGAGCCUAGCCAGUUGCCGGAAACCAGCACCACCAACACGACACAAUGUCGAAAAGCGUUUUAUAUUUUAUUUUGCGUCAAUCGACAUUAGCCCAUAUGGGUGGUAAAAGUUCACCAGGGCCUUGGGAACAUUCUCUUGAUGAUUCUUAUUUGUUGCAAUCUCCCUCUAACUAUUCAUGUCUCUUCCACUAGCACAGUCUUUUCCCUUUUCGGGCAUUAAUGGCCAUAGUUUUGGAUAUUAGGGUUUAACAGAAUUUACUCAUGGAUUUAAUCCAGAUUUCGGAUCAAAUUUCUUGGGUCUUUUGUGUGUACAUCAUCGUGUGUGUAUAUAUAUUUUACUAUAUCUUAGGUUAAUUAUAAUUUUCAGUACUAUUGCAACGAACAAGUCAUUGAAAGAAAUUUU